AUGUUCUCCUUCAUAGCCGACUUCCUCACCGGCAUCAUCUCCAUCCUCUUCCCCGUCUUCGCCUCCUACAAAGCCCUCCGCUCCAGCGACCCUGCCAACCUCGCCCCAUGGCUCAUGUACUGGACCACCCUCUCCCUGCUCCUCCUCGUGGAAUCACAAUUCGGCUUCCUAAUCUCCUGGUUCCCCUUCUACGCCUGGGCCCGCCUCGGCCUCCAUCUCUACCUCGUCCUGCCAGGCCAACAAGGCAGCGUCUUCAUCUACAAAGCCUACAUCCACCCCUUCCUCGAAGAACACGAGCGGCAGAUUGACCGCCUGAUCUCGGACUUACACGCGAAAGCUAAGGCAGCGGGCGGGGACGUGGUAAAGCAGGGCUGGGAGUACGUGCGGACGCAGUUGCUUGGGCAAGAAGCGAAGCAGCCGAGUCCGGUGCCAAGCAGGAAUGCCAGCUACAGUUCGUACUUGAUGGAUAGGUUCGCGAUGCCGAGUGCACGGCAAGCGGCAGGGGUGGCAGCGGGCGGAGAUCUGUUUGGGUUGAUCGGGAAAGCGCUUCAACAGACAACAUACCCGGAUUCUACGAGCAGGGAGGCGCAGGCGGAUGAUCUCACGCGGAGUGGGAAUCUCAUCCCACCUUCGUUGCGCGGCGACGAGAGGACAGACUUCAUUGCAACGCAGAGGGAGAGGUUGAACACGCUUUUGAGAGCAUUCGACCAUGAGGCUGGAGCACCAGCAGCGGACAUGGCAGGCUACGGAGCGAGAGAUGCCGCAUAUUCAUCAUCCCGCUCUUCCAUGCCAAGACAGCCAUCGUCGCGGAAGUCCUACCUCGCGGCCACGGACUCGCCAAACAUGCACAAAAGCCGGAGCGAGAGCGAGUUUGAGGAUUUAGCGUAUGAGCCGAUGCCGGACCCAGAGCACUAUCGUCCACAGCCGGAGAAGCGGCCCUCUAGUCGAAGGAAAGGAGGGGGUGGUGGUCAAGCAGGAUGGAGCAACUGGAUCUGGGGCAGCUAUGGGGAGAAGGACAGUGCUGUUGAUCCGCGGAAAGACGAGUAG